GCAGGGACUCACUGUGAGAGGGAACUUUGUUACUAUGAAACUUAGAAAUAUUUGCAAAAUAUUGUAAAAAUUAUCAAUAUCCCUCGUGAACCAAUAACCUGCCCCUAGGGUUUGAGGUUUUUAGGUUAGUUUGCCCGGAAAGGGCUUUUACACUCACUAUUCUUACACUUUUUUGAAAGAAUGUGUGAGACAGACAGUUAGCAGCUAGCUAGCUAGCUGAGAGGUGAUAGAGGCGGCAGGAGAACAAAAGAUUUUUUUGCGUUUUGGCCGGUUGUACUGACACUAAGUCCAUGCAGAACGUGUCAUUACCAUCACAAUGCCCGUUUUACUUUUUCUGAUAGACACGUCCGCUUCAAUGAACCAGCGCACCCAUCUGGGCACUACCUAUCUGGACAUAGCAAAAGGCGCUGUUGAGACUUUUAUGAAGCUCAGAGGGAGAGAUCCGGCGAGCCGAGGGGACCGGUAUAUGUUGGUAAAUUUUGACGACGUUCCCUUCGGGAUAAAGGCUGGAUGGAAAGAGAGCCAUGCCACGUUCAUGACAGAGCUACGGAACCUCCAAGCAACCGGACUCACAUCUAUUGGCCAUUCCUUGAGGACCGCUUUUGAUUUACUCAAUCUCAAUAGAUUAGUGACUGGGAUAGACAACUAUGGACAGGGAAGGAAUCCCUUUUUUCUUGAACCUGCCAUUAUAAUCGCUAUCACCGACGGCAACAAAUUGACGGGCAGCAGCGGAGUCCAAGACGAGCUCCACCUGCCACUGACCACCCCUCUACCGGGUAGUGAGCUGACCAAGGAGCCCUUCCGCUGGGACCAGCGUCUGUUUGCUCUGGUGCUUCGGAUUCCUGGCAAUUCCUCAGUGGAGCCCGAACCUCUCGGAGGUGUCCCAUCCGACGAUUCUCCAAUCACUCCCAUGUGUGAAGUCACUGGAGGACGUUCCUACAGUGUUUUCUCUCAGCGCAUGCUGAAUCAGUGUCUGGAGUCGCUGGUGCAGAAAAUUCAAAGCGGAGUAGUGAUAAACUUUGAGAAGACGGGGCCUGACCCUCCUCCACUGGAAGACGCUCAACCUGAAGCACUGAAGUCCGGUCCACAGCCAUGGCAUUGCUGUCACAAACUCAUCUACGUACGACCCAACCCUAAAACUGGUGUGCCCAUCGGUCACUGGCCCAUCCCCGAGGCUUUCUGGCCUGACCAGAACUCCCCCACACUGCCCCCCCGCUCAGCUCACCCCCACGUACGUUUCUCCUGUCUGGACGCUGAGCCCAUGGUGAUAGACAAGGUGCCCUUUGACAAGUAUGAGCUGGAGCCUUCACCACUAACACAGUACAUUUUGGAGCGAAAGUCGCCACUCACCUGCUGGCAGGUGUUUGUAUGCAACAGUGCCAAGUACAGUGACCUGGGCCAACCUUUUGGCUACCUGAAGGCCAGCACAGCUCUCAACUGUGUUAACUUGUUUGUGAUGCCCUACAACUACCCCGUGCUGCUGCCACUUCUAGACGACUUGAUCAAAGUGCACAAGUUCAAGCCGACCCUCAAAUGGCGGCAAUCCUUUGAGAACUACCUGAAGACCAUGCCUCCAUAUUAUAUCGGGUCUUUAAGAAAAGCCCUGAGAAUAAUGGGAGCGCCGAACCUGCUGGCCGACAACAUGGAAUACGGCCUGAGCUACAGUGUAGUCUCGUAUUUAAAGAAGCUCAGUCAGCAGACAAAACUCGAGUAUGACCGCUUGAUCGCCUCGAUUGGUAAAAAGCCACCGCCAGAAGCAGGCAUCAAGGUGCGUUGGCGGGGUGGAGGUUUAUCGCUGGCCCAGCGUAGGAACUUCAUCCAGCAGCUGCAGAGUCUCACAGGAGAGACACUAACUCUGCCCAUGGAGCUCAACACCAAAGAGUUUCAAGGCUUUCAUCUGGCACUACUCAACAAGGGCUUCAAACCUCAAAGCUUUAGGAAUCCCUACGACAUCCCUCGCAGCCACUUACUGGACCAGCUGAGCCGAAUGAGGAGAAAUCUGCUCAACACUGGCGUCUGUAAUCUCAGAGGGCAAGACUCAGACCAGCUCCACAGUGUGCCAAUCGCCCAAAUGGGCAACUACCAGGACUUCCUCAAAGCUGCUCCUCAGCCUCUUCGAGAUGCAGACCCUGAACAGCCCAAACGCCUGCACACGUUCGGCAACCCCUUCAAACUGGACAAGAAGGGCAUGAUGAUCGACGAGGCGGAUGAGUUUGUAACCGGCCCUCAAAACAAGGGCAAAAGACCGGGAGACAAUAACAACAUGCAGGGUGGAGGUCCCAAGAGACGCCGCUGCAUGUCACCUCUGCUACGUCUGGGCAGGGCUUACACACCUCCAGUGACGCCCCCGGCCAGCCCUCGAUCCACAGGGGAUAUGGACAUGAAUGAAGGAGCACCUGAACCAGACUUGAUCAUCAACCACCUGAAUCAGAACCACUAUAGCUCAGACAGCGGCUCGGACUCGGAGACGGAUAGCCCCUCGGGGCUGGCCAACCAUCAAGAGAACCACACAGACAUGGCUCCUCAGGACCUCGAGCACGGGGACGAUGAGGACGAUGAGCGACCACACGUAGACGAGCUGCCGCUGGGCAGUGAGGAAGGACUGGACAUGGUGCUCCUGGAUGACCAGCCCCCUCGCUACAUGUCACCUUCAGCUCUGAAGAAGCACAUUCACAGUGAGACAACGAAGGUCAACAAUGAGCUGAGGGUACUCAUCACCAAGGAGAUCAGGAAACCUGGCAGGCACUAUGAGAAGAUCUUCCACCUCCUGAAGCAGAUACAGGGAACGCUGGACACCCGGCUCAUCUUCCUCCAAAACAUCAUCAAAGAGGCAGCCAGGUUCAAGAAGCGUGUUCUCAUUGAGCAGCUGGAAAACUUCCUCGAAGAGAUCCACAACAGAUCCAAUAACAUGAAUCACAUGGAUACACUUUGAGACCGCCUCCGUCUACCACUGAACUUACGGACAACAAACCCCACAACCCUCCACACUCUUCUAACCCGACGCCCUCCGUGGUUUUGGGGCCCAUGCGGAGACGAGAGGAGGACGGCAUCCAGCUCACAGUGUUUACAUCUCAGUCCUGUUAUAUUGGUUUAUGCGGCAUAAACUGAAAGCAGUGUUGACUCUAAAUGAUGUGAGGGCAUUGUCCGAUAUCAAAGAAAUCACUUUGCUGCUAAAGGUGAAUCCUUUGCCGAAGCAAUAAGAUUAUUGCUGGUCUGUAGAACAUUUGGGCUUGGUUGCUUUCCGUGUGGAGAACCUGUCGUCUGGCGUCUCCUCAUCUAAUUUAACAGUCUUGGUUUUUUUUUUUUAAACAAAUGACAUUAAAUAAUUUUCCAAAUGGGGAGGUGGAGUAGGACCAACAGAUGGUAGCCUGCAUCUGGAUGUGAUGUCCGGUCACAUUUUCUCUGGGAUGAUGUUACAGGCUGACUAUGUGAGAAGGGUUGGCGCUGUUUGCGUGUGGUUGUGUGAGCGUUUGCCGGAAGCUCAGAGUCGAAUGGGAUCCGGUGGAGACACUUUUCUCCUCGUCUCUUUUCAUAUGUUCGUUUCUGAUUUCUUGUAGGUUCAUUUUUGGUGUUUGUUUUUUGUGGAAGGAUGAGCGUUUAUUAUUCUGUGUUUAAAAAGAAAUUGAACUUUCUGCACUCCAGUAAAUGAAGCACUCCACUACUGCGCUCUUAAAUUCACCAACAAUCCGAUCUUAAUUUUGUCAACUUGUGGUUUACCUACCAGAAAAAUGGUUUUAUAUUACAUAGUGAUUUGAGAAUGACUAAUUUGAAAUAUGUAACCACUCCUGUCAUUUAUGCGCAGUGAACUUUAAAAAAAAAAGGAUAGUAAAAAGUAAAAUAAUUAUGAAUAAUGCAUCGUUGUCAAAAACCUCAAAACCUGAUACUAAUGCGUCUCACCCACCAAUAACAUUGGAGCUGCAUUUACUGCUCGCCCAUUUCUAUCUUCUUUUAACGUGAAUGAUCUGAUGUGCAACACCAACUGUUGUCCCCUGGAGUGCUGAUGAACAGAGGUCUCAGAUGCCAGCUUGUCCCAAUGUGCUGGUUGCUGCCAAAUAACACCCCACCCCCAUGAAUCUCAAACCAACUCCUUGUCACUUAAACAUGAAUGCACUUGUGUAGAUUUGAGAAUGCCUAUUUAAUGUCAUUUUAAAAAGGAAAAACUACCUUUUUGUUUUCAGAUUUGUUCCUCCCCCAACGUUCCUCGUAUUUUGUGGUCAGCCUUUUUCAAUUUUCUCAAAUGUACACAAAUUAAUCUGAAUUGAGGUCUGGAAGUGGAGAGUUGAUUUCUGAUUCACGGGGCAACCCUCUUCCGUUCCCUCCCUCCUUGGACAGGGACCAAAAUCUGCCAUACUUGUCUUUGUUCGUGAAGAGGCCGCUACCAAAAGAGUAUUUUGAAUACACUGUAAAGAUGUAAAUAACCUUAGAGUACUAUUUAAAGAGAAUGUUCAACGUAAAAAUGGCCUUUUUGUAAGUAUUUCCAUGAAUAAAGUUUCUAUUUUACACUGUGAAGGGCCAUGUAAAUAAAGUGUUCUGUAAA